AUGUGGGAACCCUUUGGGGCUGUCAAAUUCUUCAAAUGGGCUAUUGACAUCGAUGGUAUUGGGUUCUCCGCCAAAUUUCUUAACAUGCUUCAAAUCGGAACAGCAGUGGUCAAGCAGACAGUAUACCGAGAGUUCUACAGCGAUUGGAUGGUUCCAUGGGUCCAUUACAUUCCAUUGAGUGUAGAAGGAGACGAGCUAUACAACAUCUGGAACUAUUGCCUUGGGAAGGACGAUGGGGUGUUCAUGGAACAUCAAAGACAUCUCGCCAAGGAGGGAUGGAAGAUCGUCAACCAUGAAGAUAAUCUCAAGCAAAUCGGCCACCAAGCUUCUCAGUGGAGUCAAGCUCACGCCCGCGAAAUCGAUUGGGAGAUUUACUCUUAUCGGCUUUUGCUCGAAUGGAAUCGAAUUUGGAACAGCUCUGAGUAA